GUCAUCUUGAUGAACACACCCUUACACACUCAGGUAUGAAGAACUAUGAAUGUAAGGUAUGUGGGAAAAAGUUCAGCCAGAAGGGUACCCUUAAUACACACACCCUUACACACACUGGUGUUAAGAACUAUGAAUGUAAGGAAUGUGGGAAAAAAAUCAUCCGGAAGGGUUACCUUGAUGAACACACACACUGGUGUAAAGAGUCAUGAGUGUGAAGAGUGCGGGAAGAGGUUCAGCAGGAAGCAGGCACUCAAUCAACAUGUCUUCAGGCACUAUGGCCUUAGAGAGUUCAAGUGUGAUGUUUGUGGAAAGCUCUUUAAGACAAAGGCAGACAUUGCCAAGCACAUGAAGAUCCACUUCUGAAGUGUGUCUGCCUACAGUAGUUAUAGUGACCAGGGUGUUAGCAGCAGCUGAGCCUGAUAGGGAAAGGGAAGUGAAGGAGAGGUAAAAGUGAUCUUGUAAGACAAGGAAGAAAGAAGGCUUGCCUGUGAAGUGAUAAAAGGAGAGGAGCCACAGCAAGAAGAGGAAGGGAAAUACUGAUGGCUGACUUUCCACAGCUGUGGCAGCUGCACCUGGGCCUGGAGCCUGGUUGAGUCUCACAGCUACAGUGAAUUACUUACUCCUCUGUGAGAGCGUGUGAAGCAGUUUGCCAACCUGGUCCUGGCCCUCAUGAUGCUGUUCGCCAGGUACAAUCACUGGAUGGUGGGCGACAAGUUUGAGAGACUCGCCCCCUCACUGGUGUUCUUCAUGCUAACCUGCCGGCUCAUCGCUGAGUACCAAAUCCACCGGAAGGAGAAGAUGGACAAGGCGGCGGCAGUGGCCAAGAAGUCACCCGCCGCAGCCGCCGAAGGGAAGGACGGAGGAACAGCCGCCAACUCCAUCGCUGGCGGCUCCACGUCUACUCUCGUCUCCUCCUCCUCAGUUGCCUCCGCCUCCUCCCCCUCGCCCUCCUCCUGCUCCUCUCAACAUGGACGGUCGAAGAAGGAUGUUUAGUGUGGAGGUGUUUGAUUUGGGUAUGUGGUUCAGUGUUUUUAUUUAAUUAUUUAUUUAUUUAUUUAUUAUUUUUUUUGUGUGUGUGUGUGCGUGUGUAUUUGUUACCCUGCCCUCCCUCCCUCGCCCCAAUAUUUGUCUCUCUUGGUGUUUGUAGGCAAUAAGAUGACCUUUUCCACACACCUUUAUUCUUUCCCUCUUUACGACUUUAUUGUAAGUAUAUGUAACCUUAAACUAACGAAAUAUAAGUUACUUGAACCCUACUCUCGAGAUGUUACUUCAAUCUCUGUACGUAUAGGCAAGAUUACAUCUCUUAAAGUAACGCUAUAUAAGUUACGUCAACCUUAACCUGCGAGAUGUUUGUAUAAGUAACCUCAAUUCACUGGUAUGUUUGUAUAAGUAACCUCAUUUCACUGGUAUGUUUGUAUAAGUAACAUCAAUUCAUUUCAUAUGUUACUUUGAUCUGUAUGUAUAGGGAAGAUUACAUCAUUUAAACUAGCAAAAUAUAAGUUAUGCCAACCUUACCUUUGAGAUGUUUGUAUAAGUAACUUCAAUUCAUUUCAUAUGUCGUAUGUUACUUUGAUCUGUAUGUAAAGGGAA